AUGGCAGGCGGUGUGGAGCAGAACCACAAUCCUGCAUUGCCCUCUCCUCCCCGAGCCCAAUGUUUUGCUCCCUGCACAACACCUUCUUUCCUCACUACCACGUCAGCCAAACUGGACACAUCAGCACUGGAACAGACCCACGCAGGCCGGAGCCUUUCCGACAGCAGCCUUCCCUUUUCCUUCCUCGAUAAAGAGCUGACAACAUCUGCCUCCAGCCAUGGUGGGCUUCCAAAGCAGCAGGAUGCGACCACCCUCACUGAGCUCUGCAGCAGCACCCAUGUCCCGGAGGUGGAAAUCAUCAGCCUUCUGCAAGAGCAGCUCCCUCAGUACCAGCUCCGGGCGGACACGGUGUUUGGGUAUGACCAUGGUGACUGGAUACACACCCCUCUGGUUGCCUCCGAUGCGGCCAGCUGCCUUACACCCCACCAGAUUAAGGAGACCCUGGAGUAUUUCCUGCUGUGCUCUGAACGGGUUAGCAGGAUCACCAAGACAUACCAUGAUAUAGAUGCAGUCACCAGCUUGCUGGAAGAGAAGGAGCACGACCUGGAAUUAGCAGCCCGCAUUGGGCAAUCGUUGCUGAAGCAGAACCGGAGUCUGUCUGAACGCAAUGAACUCUUGGAAGAACAACUUGAACUGGCGAAGGAGGAGAUAGCUCAACUGCGGCACGAGAUAUCAAUGCGGGAUGACCUUCUGCACCUGUACACCAACAGCACCGAGGAGAGUGAGCCGGCCUCUGCCAUCCCCACCCCGUUGCGAAGGAAUGAAUCUGCCCUCUCUUUGCAGCAGUGUUUCCAGUAUGAUGCCCUUCAGCAAAAGCUAAAAGCGCUGGAGGAGGAGAACCAGAAACUGCGCACAGAGGUUACAAGCAUUACCACGGAAAUGUGUCACUAUGAGGAGCAGGAGCAGAAGCUGAUGAUUGACUGUGUGGAACAGUUUUCCGAUGCAAGCCGGGAGGUGGUCUCGCUCUCCGAGGAGCUCGCCCGCAAGGUGGAUGAUUCAGCCCGGCAACAGGAAGAAAUCAGCCAGCUCCUCGCGCAAAUUGUGGACCUCCAGCAGAAGUGCCGCACGUAUGGCUUGGAAGUGGAGGAGCUGCAGCAGCAUCUCAACGCAGCCAAGCAGGGGCAGCAGCAACUGCGGACAGAGCUGCAAGACCUGCAGGAGAAAUAUGCAGAGUGCGGCGCAAUGUUGCAGGAAGCCCAAGAGGAGAUUAAAAACCUCCGAAACCGCAGCCUCCCCAACAGCACCAUCCAUCGCCACAGUUCUCCCACUUUCUUGCCCCUGGAUUCUCUGGCUGCAGAGAUCAAAGGCACCAUGAGGAAGGGGACGAACAGCUCUGCUUCUUCCGAGUACAAAGGCUACCGGAGGAUCUUUGAAACAGUGAAGGCUGUCAAGCAGGCGGCAAAAGCCAAGUCGUGGGCAGAAUCGCCACUGACCCUCCCUCCCGGCUCUCCCAAGCCUUCCUCGCUGGGCUGCAGCCGCAUCAGCACCCCCCACAGCAGCUACUACGGUUCAGACAGCCCCCCUGCGGGAGCACUGGAGGUGCAGGAUGGCCAGGCCACCGAAGGGCUGGAUGAUGCCCGCCAGGGUGAGCCUGGUACAUCGGGCAUCCCAGGCCAGCAUGACUUGGAAGCUGCCCUCCAGUGCUUGUCUGCUCGCCAGGAGAACCACAGCACUGAGCGAUCGUUCUUUGAGGUGGAGCGUGAGCGCAAGCUGAGGCACCUGGCUCGGGAUGCCGAGGACUCCAGCGGGUUCCUCACCCCCAACGAGAGCAUCACGUCUACUGGCACCAACUAUUCCGGCAGCUCUGGAGGGUCCGGCUUUUCUCUGAGCUCUUUCUCCUACUUCCCUGAUAAGCUUCAAAUCAUCAAGCCUCUGGAAGGCUCCAUGACCCUCCACCACUGGCAGCAGCUUGCCCAGCCUCACUUGGCAGGGAUCUUGGACCCUCGGCCUGGCGUGCUCACCAAAGAUUUCCGGCAGCUUGACACGGACCUGGAGGAGGUCUACAACCUUAAUGACCUAGAGGAAGAUGAAGUGGAUGUGACCUCGUUCCCUGCCCUCUCUACCUCAACGCCAUCCAAAGCCAAGGGUGGCCCUAGUGUUUUCCUGUCCGUUUCAGUCUUCCACUCCGUUAACAAUCUGCCCCAGACCCCGCCUACUUUCACCAUCACCACCUGUUGCAUCUUGCACCCUAGCAAUGAGGUCACCAUGGUGACACCCAGUCUUUAUAAUACAGUUGUGCCCUCUUGUGGGCCCUGUGCGGGGCUGAGCCCCCAGCCCCCUCCCCCGUGUCCCCUGCAGGAGCAGCCCAGCCGUCCAGAGGCCGAGCAGCCAGAGCGGUGCGCAUCUCCCCGGGGACUGGUUUCUCUGCUGACCGAGCGAGGCAUUUCGGCAUGGAGCGGAGCAGGCGCAGCGGCGAGGGCAGCGGCUCUGACUCGGUAUGCCGGGGGCUCGGGCAGCCUGUUUGGGCUGUCUCCGUCCCUGGCUUUGCUGUGGUGCUACCGCCGGGAUGCCCCAGCUGAGUGGGCCUUGGGAUCUUGCCCACCGCAGCGGAGGAAAUCUGAGGAGGGGCAAAAGAGCAUCUUCAGUUUGAACUUGGUAGAGAAACUUCGGCGCCUGGGGCUGGACACGGUGGUGGCCAGAGGGGAAGCUUCCUAUGCGACCGCCCGCCUGCAGGAGCUUCACCAGAGGAAGACGUCUGCGUCCUGA